AUGCCAUAUGAUUGUCAAGGAUAUAAUUAUUGUCAAAAUAAUGGAAAAUGUUUUCAAGAUAAUUCCACUUGUCCAACAACAUCGAUAUGUAUGUGUGAAAAAUGUUAUUAUGGAAAUAAAUGUCAAUUUAGUACAAAAGGUUUUAGUUUAUCACUUGAUGUAAUAUUUGGUUAUCAUAUAAAACCAUUUGUUGCUCUUUUUAAACAAUUAAAAGUAGUGAAAUUAUAUACAGCAUUAACGAUUAUAAUGUUUAUACUUGGUUUUAUUAAUGGAUCAUUAUCAAUAUUAAUUUUUCAAACAAAAUCUUCAGUUGUAGUUGGUUGUGGAAUUUAUCUUUUAACAACAUCAAUUAUUUCAUUAUUAACAAUAAGCAUUUUUACAAUUAAAUAUUGGCAACUUAUUCUUUUUCAAAUGAAUGUUAUAACAAAUCGUUCAUUUCUUUAUGUUAAUUGCAGAGAUUCUGCACCUCUGGUUAAUUGUUUAUUCACUAAUGUAUUAUUAAAAACUCUUCUUAGUUCAGAUGAUUGGUUAAAUGCAUGUGUUGCUAUUGAAAGAGCAUUUACUGCUAUUCAAGGAUUCAAUUUUAGCAAAUUAAAAAGUAAAUAUAUAGCUAAAUGUGUUCUACCAAUAAUAUUUCUAUUAACAAUUAUUUCUUACAUUCAUGAUCCAAAAUCUCGUGAAUUAUUUGAUGAUGAAGAUGAACCAAGAAUAUGGUGUAUCGUAAAUUAUUCACGAAAAUUAAAAAUAUUUUAUACAUUCAUCAAUGUAUUUCAUUUUUUAACACUAUUUAUAAUUAAUUUUCUAUCUGCUUUGAUUAUCAUUAUUCAAGUAUUUAAAACUCGCUCAAAACUUUAA